GCUUCUGGGAGCUGCAGGGGGCGUGGGGAGGGGAGGAAGGCUCAGCUCAGAUCUGGUUUCUCUGCUUCCCAUGGCUGCCUGCCACAGGCUGAGCCACCAGCUGGGCUAUAUAAGGCCCGCAGCUGGACCGCUGCAGUAGUGAGGACUCGGACCCCCAGUGAAGGAGACCUGCUCAGCACUGGUCAUCAGAUCCAAGGAAUCUCUCAGGACACCGCAUCCCGGAGGCGAGCUGGCUUGGUGAAGCCUUCCCACCCUCUCUUGCCACGUUCCCACAGGGCUGGGGGAAGAUGAAGGGGGCCAAGGCCUGGCUGUUCUCUUUCUUGGUCUUGCAAGUAGCCUCUGUGUCGGGGAGGCAGACAGUGCUCACUCAGGCAGUGAGAAGAGUCCAGCCCGGGAAGAGGACCACCGGCACCUUUGCCAAGCCUGCUGUCACCCAGGAGAGUCCCGGGGAGUGGACAGCGUGGUUCAACAUUGACCACCCAGGUGGGAAAGGCGACUUUGAACGGCUGGACGCCAUUCGCUUCUACUACGGGGAACGCGUGUGUGCCCACCCGCUGCGGCUGGAGGCCCGGACCACUGACUGGAUGCCCGUGGGCAGCACUGGUCAGGUGGUCCACAGCAGUCCCCGCGAGGGCUUCUGGUGCCUCAACCAGGAGCAGCGACUUGGCAGGAACUGCUCCAACUACACAGUGCGCUUCCUCUGCCCGCUGGGAUCCCUACGCCGGGACACAGAGCGCAUUUGGGGUCCCUGGUCUCCCUGGAGCAAGUGUUCGGCUCCCUGUGGUCAUAUGGGGGUCCAGACCCGCACACGCACCUGCCUGGCAGAGAUGGUGUCAUUGUGCAGUGAGGCUGCCGAGGAGGGCCGGCUCUGUGAGAACCCAGAUUGCCCAGCUCCUUGGACCACAGCCUGUGACCUGACCUGCCCCAUGGGCCGGGCAAAUGCCGAGUGUGAUGCCUGCAUGUGCGAGGACUUCGUGCUCCAUGGGGUUGUCUCCCUCUCUGGAGGUGACCCAGCUGUGGGGGCCACUGUCUACCUGCAGACCAAGGUGCUGAAGAUGCUGACCAAGACAGACAGCAGUGGCAGGUUCCAAGUCCCUGGCUUGUGCCCUGAUGGCAAAAGCAAACUGAAGAUCAUGAAGGCCAAGUUCGUACCCAUUGUGCUCACGAUGCCCAGGACUAGCCUGAACUCAGCCACCAUCAAUGCGGAGUUCGUGAGGGCAGAGACUCCCUACAUUGUGAUGAACCCUAAGACCAAAGCCCGGCGGGCCGGACAGAGCGUGUCCCUGUGCUGCAAGGCCACUGGGAAGCCCAAUCCAGACAAGUAUUUCUGGUAUCACAAUGACACGCUGCUGGAUCCCUCUCUUUACAAGCACGAGGGUAAGCUGGUGCUGAAAAAGCUGCGGCCUGAGCAGGCUGGAGAGUAUUUCUGCAAGGCGCAGAGCGACGCGGGAGCUGCCAAGUCCCGGGUCGCCCAGCUGUCGGUCAUAGCCCUAGAUGAGAGUCCUUGCAACCCGACCCCUGAGAGCUACCUUAUCCGGCUACCCCAUGACUGCUUCCAGAAUGCCACUAACUCCUUCUACUAUGAUGUGGGCCGCUGUCCUGUUAAGACCUGUGCCGGGCAGCAGGAUAAUGGGAUGAGGUGCGAGGAUGCCGUGGAGAACUGCUGCGGUAUCUCCAAAACAGAGGAGAGGGAGAUCCAGUGCAGCAGCUACACACUGCCCAUCAAGGUGGCCAAGGAGUGCAGCUGCCAGCGGUGCACAGAGACGCGGAGCAUCGUGCGGGGCCGCGUGAGCGCUGUGGACACCGGGGAACCCAUGCGCUUCGGCCAUGUAUACAUGGGGGGCAAUCGUGUGAGCAUGACCGGCUACAAGGGCACUUUCACCCUGCACGUCCCACAGGACACAGAGAGACUGGUGCUCACCUUCGUGGACAGGCUACAGAAAUUUGUCAACACCACCAAGGUGCUGCCCUUCAACCGGAAAGGGAGCGCGGUGUUCCACGAGAUCAAGGUGCUUCGGCGAAAGGAGCCCGUCACGCUAGACGCCAUGGAGACCAACGUCAUCCCCCUGGGAGAGGUGGCUGGCCAGGACCCCAUGGCCGAACUGGAGAUCCCAUCUGGCAGCUUCUCCAAGCAGAAUGGAGAGCCCUACUCGGGAAAGGUGAAGGCCAGUGUGACCUUCCUGGAUCCCCGAGAUCUUUCCACAGCUGCAGCCACCCAGAGUGACCUGAGCUUCAUCAAUGAUGAAGGGGACACCUUCCCCCUGAGGACGUACGGCAUGUUCUCUGUGGACUUCACAGACGAGGCCACCUUGGAGACCCUGAAUGCCGGCAAGGUCAAGGUCCACCUAGACUCGACCCAGGUCAAGAUGCCAGAACACGUGUCUGCCAUGAAACUCUGGUCACUCAACCCAGACACAGGGCUGUGGGAGGAAGAAGGUGAUUUCAAAUUUGAACGCCAGAGGAGGAACAAAAGGGAAGAGAGAACUUUCCUGGUGGGCAACAUGGAGAUCCGAGAAAGGAGGCUCUUCAACCUGGAUGUCCCCGAGAGCAGGAGAUGCUUUAUCAAGGUGAGGGCCUACCGGAGUGAGAGGUUCCUGCCCAGUGAGCAAAUCCAGGGUGUUGUGGUCUCUGUGAUCAACUUGGAGCCCAGAACAGGCUUUUCGUCCAACCCUCGGGCCUGGGGCCGCUUUGACAGUGUCCUCACAGGUCCCAACGGAGCCUGUGUGCCUGCCUUCUGUGAUGACCAGGCCCCUGACGCCUACUCCGCCUACGUCCUGGCGAGCCUGGGCGGGGAGGAACUGGAAGCAGUGGAGUCUGCUCCUAAAUUCAACCCCAAUGCCAUUGGUGUCCCUCAGCCCUACCUCAACAAGCUCAAGUAUCGUCGCACGGACCACGAGGACCCUCGGGUGAAGAAGACGGCCUUCCAGAUCAGCAUGGCCAAGCCAAGGCCCAACUCCACUGAGGAGAGCAAUGGUCCCAUCUACGCCUUUGAGAACCUCCGGGCCUGUGAGGAGGCACCGGCCAGCGCGCCCCACUUUCGUUUCUACCAAAUCGAGGGGGAUCGUUAUGACUACAACACGGUUCCUUUCAACGAAGAUGACCCCAUGAGCUGGACUGAAGAUUACCUGGCAUGGUGGCCCAAGCCGAUGGAGUUCAGGGCCUGCUACAUCAAAGUGAAGAUCGUGGGGCCGCUGGAGCUGAAUGUGCGGUCCCGCAACAUGGGGGGCACCCAUCGGCGGACAGUGGGGAGGCUCUAUGGAAUCCGGGACGUGAAGAGCACCCGGGACAGGGACCAGCCCAACGUCUCAGCCGCAUGUCUGGAGUUCAAGUGCAGCGGGAUGCUGUACGACCAGGACCGCGUGGACCGCACCCUGGUGAAGGUCAUCCCUCAGGGCAGCUGCCAUCGAGCCAACGUGAACUCCAUGCUACAUGAGUAUCUGGUCAACCACCUCCCACUGGUGGUCAACAAUGACACCAGUGAGUACACCAUGCUGGCGCCCCUGGACCCACUGGGCCACAACUAUGGCAUCUACACGGUCACAGACCAGGACCCUCGUGUGGCCAAGGAGAUUGCCCUUGGCCGGUGCUUCGAUGGCAGUUCUGAUGGCUCCUCUAGAAUUAUGAAGAGCAAUGUGGGUGUGGCCCUCACCUUUAACUGUGCAGAGGGGCAGGUGGGCCGCCAGAGUGCUUUCCAGUAUCUCCAAAGCACCCCAGCCCAGAGCCCUGCUGCAGGAACCCUUCGAGGAAGAGUGCCCUCCAGGCGGCAGCAGCGGGCCAGUAGGGGUGACCAGCGCCGGCAGGGAGGGGCCGCCUCCCUGUGACUUCCUGGAGUUGCUCAACAGCCUCUGAGCAGCUGUCUGUGGUUCAUCACACUCCUUCCCACCUCCUGUGACAAGAGGACUGAUGCAUGUGCCGUCGUCAUUCGGUUAAUUUAAACACACGUGUUGUGGUUCAGUUUGCCUGUUUGUUUCUUCCUGUCUGUGUCCCACGAUACCAACUGGCACAUAGCCCCCAACAUGACCAAAUAGAGCCCUUUGGUGUUUUUCCCAGAAAAAGAACGUUGGCCCCUGGUAAAACUCCACAGCUGUGUUCUUCCUUUAGUGCCAUGAAUGCGAGUGUGCUUCCUGUUCCUUUUGCAUGGUUUUUCUCACUUCUAUUAUAACAAUGACAAUUUGAUACUGAAGAUGAAAUAACCAAUAUAAAGCAUAGUUCUUGGCCCUGCUCCAUGGGAUGUGAGCAAGGCCUCAUCAAAGCUGAUACAUAUAAGUGGCAGUGAAAUAAAGAAAUAAAUGACACCCUUUUGACUGGAAAUGUAAAUAACUUAUUUAUUUCAUUGGCUGACAUUUGGAACCCCAUGUACAUUUAAAGAGAAGGUAUUGAAUAUAGGGUAAUCAUAGUUCCUCUUCCACAUCUGCAAAGAGCAUCUCUGGGUUACAGUAGGUUGCUAACGGUUUAGUACGAUUCCCUUUGAGUUUGCUUUUACUCUUGCUGGAAGCUCAGUGUCACCUAGAGCACGGGUCAAUAAACGCACUUUCCAUACUUUGA